GAGAAUGAAUCGGAGCCGUCAAUUAUGGAGUUUGGACAGCGGUUAUUUGCUUGUCCCGUAACCUAAUCCUUCUCCCAAAGAACGCACGCAGAAGGAAGAACCCAAGAAAAAAAAAAUUCAAGGGGAAACCCUUUUCUCUCUUCUUUCUAAGGUUUCUUGCCGACGAUCGCAGGGUUUCUGUAAAUUAUCGGCGAAUAAUUUCGUCUGGUAACUCGAUGGAAUCGAAGCGUUACGUAUUGGGAAAGGGUUUUUUUGCGUGAUUAGGCUCGAAUUUUGCGGUGAUUUCAUCGAACACAAGAGGGUUUUGAGAUUUGGGUUGUUCUGAUUCGGUGAUGGGUUUAGGGAAUGACGCUAAGAAAUGCAGUUUCGGGGAUAAUGGUCUCGCCGAUGACGGCAGGGGAGGAGCCGAUUGCGAUUCUCGAGACGGCGAUGGUCGGUCCGGCUCGGUUGCGUGUUCGAUUUGCCUCGAUAUGGUCGCCGUUAAUGGUGAUCGAUCGUGGGCUACGCUUCAAUGUGGCCACCGGUUCCAUCUAGAUUGCAUUGGCUCAGCCUUUAACGCAAAGGGCAUGAUGCAAUGCCCCAACUGUCGGAAAAUAGAGAAAGGGCAGUGGCUUUAUGCAAAUGGGUGCCGGUCAUUUCCGGAGUUCCCCACCAUGGAUGAUUUGGUUCACGAAGAAGAGAUGAGUGAGCUAGCAGCACAGUCUGAAGUGUCCUUUGGAGUUCACUGGUGCCCGUUUGGAAGCUUAGCUCUCCUGCCUUCUUUUGAGGAUGGAGAAUUUUCGCCAAGUUCGUAUCACGAUCUGUUGGCCCGGCACGGUUUCUUCACCGAGCCAACGGCUUCCUCAGCAGGUGGUCAGCCUUGUCCAUACAUAGCCUACUUCGGGCCGGUCCAUCAUCCUUCAGCCUCGAACUCUGCUUCAGACAGCUCGAGUUUCAGUAGUAUCUGGAACUCUGCCUCAUCAGGGGUUGGCGAAGUGCCCAUGCCGUUUGGAUUCGGUGGUCUUGAUCCGCACUUUCACGGCUGGGAUUAUCACCCGGCUCCUCCUCCCCCGCCACCGUUCUCUGGUUCGGGCGCUCAUAUUGGCAGCCCGCCUCAGCCGACAGCUUCACAGGUGGCUCCGAGGACUUCACGGACGAGCUCUGAUGUGAACAGGCCCAGGCCGCCUCAUUAUAUGCGUCCCUUUCUUGGUCACAGCUCUGGUGGGAGAGCCGGGAGCUCAGCAGCUGCACCGAGGGCUCCACCUUAUCCAGGGAGCAGCGCUAGGAACCGAGACAGAGUACAAGCCCUUCAAGCUUACUACCAGCAGUCACCGGCUCAGUCGCACCCACACCCGAGUGAGCCACCGGCUGUUUCCAGGGCACCACCGGCUUACCCAUCUGGCCGGAGAUCCUCAAGAGGAAUAUCUUCCGGGAUGGGAUCGGUGGCUUCUUCAUCAGAUCAAGCAGGUGCCGGUGGCGGGUUCAUAAGGUUUAACAUAUGGGAGAGAGAUCAGUUUCUGCAGCCAACCCAGCCAGUGGUGUCGGGGAACCAGAUCGACAGAGACUCGUCGUCCCGUUGGACAUCCGCAUUUCCGGAAGGAUCCGGAAGCUUCCACCAGAGACAUGGAGGAGGGUCAUCGUAGAAACGGACCUUUCCCCGGUUAUGGUCCUGAAACUCUUAAACAGAGAAACAUUGGUAUAUGAUUUGAGACCCGAAAACUGCCCCCCCAAGUUAUGUGAUGGUUGAGAAACUCAAAAAAAAAACAGAACAAUGGUAUGUAAUGCUUUGGAGAGGCUGUGACUGGCCCUGCCUCCGUGUCCUCGGUCUCUGAAUCCUGUCCCUAGCGGUGGCUGCAGCCACGGCCAUGCUCGAGCUAGUCAGGGCGCGGGACGGGUAAGGGGUCGGAGGUGGGUCAUGGAACAUUCGGUUAAACUGUGGGUAAGAGAGGGUGUCAAAGUGGAUAUCAAACCCUCUCUCCAAACUCCUUUUCUCCGAUGAAGUUUGUGUUUGGAUCGUUUCCGUGUCAUAAAGCUUCGUGCUUUUUCUC